GAAUCAUUGCAAAUGGCGGCAGUUGUUAUUGUUCCAUGGCGUUUGUGAUACAUGGAAAUUUAUAAUAAUUUCGGGACACCUAAAUAGGUGUGCGUCUGAUGGAUGGCGCGAUGGGUCAGGAGGAGGAUGUUGUGGAAGCAGUGCUGACAUGUGAAGGCGACUUCCACGACCCUGAACUCUUUAUUAGAUUAGAAAAGUUUAGACAUGGGUUAAAGGAGUUAUUAUCAACAGAAAAACACAAAGUAAAGGUGAAGAAGGUGGAGCCAUGGAAUAGUGUUAAAGUGACAUUGACUAUUCCGAGAGAUGCAGCAACAAGAUUGAGACAGUUAGCCCACAGUGGCAAUGACUCCCUGCGGCAGAUGGGGGUCCUUUCAGUUCAAAUUCAAGGGGAUUCACAGAUAUCUUUAACAAUAGCUGGUCGCAAUAAUGAGCCCACUGAGUUUGUUUUGCGUGCGCCAGCAUUGUCAACCACAACAUUGGGAUCCGAUGCAGACUUUUCUGUUUCAACUGAUCUCAAUACCUCGCCUGGUACAAGUAACAAUGAAUUGACUAGAAAAAACAUUGUGGAUUAUCUUAGGCAGGGAUCAGCGUUACGACAAAAUGCUUCUUUAUUUGACUCUAUCAUGGGAGGAGUUGGAACAUCUUCACCAGCCAUCAGUUUGGGGAUAGGCAUUUCCCAGCAUUCCUCGUCAUUUCAGAACCCAUCUUUGCACAGUUCUUCAUUUAGACCUAACAAUAUCUCUUGUAUGCCUGUGCAAAACCCUAGCUUAAGAGGAUCUUCAUUGAGGAAUAGUUUUUCUUUUACCAAGUCUACGGGAGCAUUUCAUCCGCCUGUACCUCGCCUUCCUGCCUCUGCAGGUCAGAGUCCAGUCACAAAACUUAUGCAGCCAGGUAACAGGCAAGCAGGUCAUAAUGUGCCAUUGAGUCAAGUAAGCUAUACCAAUUCCAACAGUCACAUGGCUUUGUCAACUAGCAUAAGUAAUUUGAACCCAGCAGGGCCUCUUAGACUUCCAGCUUCACCCAGUCCAAGUUUUCAUUCCCAGAAUGCACUGUUGCCACCACCUCUUUCAUCUUCUCCAACCUCGGCCUUGAUGAUGGAUUUGCCCCCGCCUCCUCCAUACCCUCAUAAUAAUGCUAGACCAGGGAAACCAGUUACAGCUUCCAGUCCUCUACUAGUGAAUCUUCUGCAGACUGAUCCACUAAUGGUGGCUGCUGGAAAUGCCAGUGGUAAUCCUAAUAAGCCAUUAUCUCUUGGAGAUUCUGAAGCACCUCCAUCAAAAAAGAAAAAGCGCUCAAAAAAAUCAAAAGAUGGAUUAGCUAAACUGACUGAGAGCUUGGCUAAUAACAAUCCUGCUUUUUCAAAUGUGUUUUCUAAUUCAGGCGUGGAUUUAAAUCGGAUUACCAGGGUUACUGAAGAUAGUUAUACUGUUAAUUUACAGAGUUCAAUUAGUUUAAAAGACUCCUCUGUUGAUGUGGCACAAUCCAGAAGUGGGGCUAUGAAUGUAUGUCAUAUACCAGAUUCUUUUAUACCUAACUUUCGACCUGAUAGUAAACCUUCAUUUUUGCCAGACCGUCCUUUCAGUGAAAGUCACACGGAUAAUCUUUCCCUAUCUAAAUUUCAUUUAGAAAGUAAUAGAAGUGCAAUAGGUAUUAGUAAUGUCAGUUCUAAACAUUCAGAUUCCAAUGUGCGAGAACAUUCAUCAAAAGAUUUAGAUCCUUUCAAUUUAGAGAUAUCAGCAGGAAAGAUAAUCAACCCUUAUACAGGACAGCUGGAACCAAGAGACAGUGUUGACAUGGGUCCUAUAGGUGAUAACUUUGCUACACAGAUCCUUGCUAAGAAGGCAAAGGAAAUGGAUGAAUUGAAUAAAAUUACUGUGCCUAUUUGUUCAUCCCAUACAUUGGAUGUCCGUGUUGGAUCUUUAAGUCCUAGCCCAGUUACUCUUUCAAAUUCUACUGCUGGAUAUAUACGCUCAGGUGGACCUUUUCAAGUGUGUAAUGAUAGGAUGAAUUCUGUUUCCCCCCACCGGCGGAAUUUAAUUAGUGAUGGCCCAUUGAGGGAUGUGAAACAUUCUACACCCUCAACUUUCUAUGCAUUGCCUACACGGCAGGAUAUAGUAGGACCUGCAGUGCCAGCAGAGGCACCCACUUCCACACAUCAAUCGCCCAGUGUAUCUCAUAAAAGUGUUUCUGUUAAGAGUGCAGGUGUUCAAAGAACUUCAAGUUCAGCAUCGAUUCCUGUGAAUGGACCAUCACCAAGUUUGAGUCCAAGUCAUCUUGAGUUUCUUGAAAACUCUUUAUCAUCUGUGGCAUCCUCCACCUCUUCAGGAUCUGUGAUUUAUCCCUCAAGCACUUCUAUGUCUCUUCCUGUAACGCAAAUAAGCUUAUCUCAAACCCCAGCUCAGCAGGCCAUGUCAGUGCCUGCUGCAGUAGAAGCAGCCAGAGUGCGGCCACAAUCAUCGGCUCCUUCCCAUCAACCCAGACUGACCUCAUCUCCUUCAAAUGCAUCUGAUAGGAGUCCUUCAUUGGCCAACAUCCACAAUCAGGCAGCAAGUACUGAUACCAUUGGUAACACACUUGGUACCAAGUUCAGCUCUCCUCAUUUGCUCAAUUCAUUUCCUGAAAAGCACAUGGACUCUUUGAGUGGCACAGAGAGCCCUCCAGAGAAAGUCUCGUCCGAAGGAGAUGACAACUCAAAUCAUAGCGGCUUAGCUGCUGACUCUCUUCCAGAAAAUUCAGGUGCUGCUGCACUGAUAGAACACUCUGGUGUCAAAGCUGAAAACCAUGAUUCGGGAUUGGGUAGCUCUUCUGAAAGAUCUGACGAUACUCCGUCUGAACCUGGAGACAGUGAGUUUCGUCCUACCCACACCAGUGCAGAAGGGGAUGACAAUAAAACUCAAUCGGCUAAAAUUAACCCUGCCACCUGUAAACUGGACUCCAAACAAUCGAAUAGCAUCACUGUGGGCUACAUGAUGAAUCCUAAUGAAAACAUUUCUCAGUCCAAAUUGCUAUCUUCUAAAUACAGCAGUCAUCUGAAUAUGAAAGUAACUUGCACUCCAACCAGAGCAACUACUAGUUUGAACAUGUCUCAUUUGUCAGAUGGACAAUUGAAACCUAAUGAUAAACAGAAUGGGCAGCAAGUUCUUUCAUCAUCAAACUGGCCCUUGGAUAAUAUUAAUUACCAACCCAGCACUACAGGCUUACUGAUAGAAAAUUCUGGAGAUCUGGUUACCGGUCCAAAACUCAAUGGCCCACUUUCUGACAUCAACUUGGAAACAAUAUUUGCAGCAGCCACUGAGUUGCAGCAGAAGAAGAUUAGAAGCAUGCAAAAACAAAGUCUUAAGAAAGAUAAUCCUGCUGAACAUAUGAAACUCCAAGCAGAGGUUUUAGAAAAAAUCAGUAAAGUGCAUCAGUAUGCAGAAUCAACUAAAUCUGUGUCUGAUUUGGGUGUUAAAAAUGUCACUGUAGACAAAGAAGAUGCACAAGAUUCAUUCUCAAGGACUGUUAACUUGGAAGAGAAAGUUGAUCACCUCAUCUUUGAUAUGGAGGAGUUGGUGAAUGGGAAAACUUUAGGCAAUGGCAGUGUAGGGCUGGAAGGCAAAGUAGGAAGCAAUAUAACUUCCAUUUAUUCUAAGAGAUCUUCACCAGUGAAUGUGAAUAUGUUGAACCACAUCUAUGCCCCUGGGUUACCAUUGCCUCGUCGCCUGACUGAAUCUGUUCAGAGGUUGGUUAAGCCAUUACCUGCAUCAGAGUCAUCAGCUGUGAUACCAAGUGUGAGGGCUUGCAAAUCUCCUGCUAGUGGAAACUCAUCAAGGGCCGCAUCUAGCGCCAAUGGUUCUAAUAGCAGGGUCUCCUUUCAGAGUGGCACACGCUCGCCUGGGGCUAGCAUGCCCAAACUUGUUCCUAAUGACAAAUACUCACUUUUGUCUGGAGGACUAGACCUUGCUGGUUUGUCCAGUCUGCCAUACAGUUCAGCCAGUACCGGCGACACUCUUCUUGGUUGUAAGCCUCCGAUUCCUGUCUUAACAGCAGACCUCUCAUUAAAGGAUACCAGCUUGUUGAACAAUCCACUUUCUCCCACUAAAAUUGUCUUUGAUGCAAAGUCAGUAGGCAGUAAAAUGUUAUCCCAAAGUUACCCUCCUUUUAAAUAUAGAGAAAACAGCCCUCAUCUGCUCCCAGAAAUAACAGAUCAAAAUAACUUAGCUCAGAGCAGCAGUUUCAAUUUUUUUCCAAAGACAAAAUUUGAAAUCCCUAAUAAUUCUCAGGAAUCAAGACAUUUUACAUCUAUUAUUAGCCAGGAGCAGAGUUUGCCUCAAGCAAACAGAGUUUAUCAUGAGACGGGGGGCAAUGUAGGCCCAACAAAACUAGCCCUGCAGUCUCCCGCCAUUGCAGCUAAAGACAAUGCUCAUUCCAGUCAUGACCGCAACAAUGUAGAUAUCUCUGUAGCUUACAGUCGUCAUUCCAGUGUGUCAUCUCCUGUGAUGCCAGUUCUGCACCAAGGACAGCAGGACUUGGCCGUCACCUUACCCAGCAUUUCUAGUCACCACCCUAAUCUCAGCACACUCUCAGAGAUCUCAGCCCUAGGCAGCACUACAACCACUGUGGCUGUUUCCACUACAGUUUCAGCACUAGGUGUGCCUUACUUCACUGGGUCGUCAAGCACUACAGUCACAACAUACAAGGCAUGCUCCCCUGGGCAGCUGCCAACCUUGUAUCCUAUUCCCACUUCAUCUACUUUGGCUGGAAAAGCGGAAACAACUGUAGUAUCAUCUCAGACACUAUUGUCAAGAAAGUCUGAUUCUCCAACCCCUCCCAAGUUAACUCGAGUCUCUUUACCUAGCCAUCCUCCGCCAUUACUUUCUAAAUCGGGCUACCAGUUGAAUAGAAAUCUGUUUGAAAACAUGCAAAGUGAUUUACUUACUCAUGAACUGGCAUCUGCUCCUACACUAUCCUCAGAGACUGCAACAGAAUGGUUGUCACAGACUAUGCAUAAGUCGCCUGAACCUGAGGUAACAGAAGUCUCACUUAUUGAUUCUGAAACACUCACACCCAAAUCUGGUUUAAGCCAAGCUGAUAAGUCUGAAUGUAAGAAACCUGACAAUAUUCUUAGAAAUAGUGUGCUAACUGCUAAUGAAGUCAAAAAUAGAGGCUCUGUAAUAAUAGAUCAGGAGCUGGUUCAGAACUCAUUAAAACUGAAAACAGAAUCUGAGGAUAACUCUUUGCAAACCUCUUUACCUCUUGUAACUCGUGCUGAAAGUCUCAACAGUUUAGAUAGUGUGUCUGAGACAAUAGCUUCAGUUGCAGCAGGUACUGUGAGCUCAUCUAGCAAACUUCUACCUUCCCUUCCUCUAGUGAAAGAGCCAAUACUGGAAAAAAUAGCAUCAACCCUAGGAACAACUUUGUCCACAAUGCCCAAACCUUUACCAAGCAAGGUAACAUUAACAUUAGAUGAAAACAUGGCAGUGCCAAAUGAAAAUAUUGAUGAAGAAAAAGAUGUUGACAGUUCAUCUGUAGAAGCUUUGGCAGUCUCUAUUGUUGCUGAGAGUGCUUCUGAGCCAUUUAUUUGUGAAGAAUCUACUAAACAUGGUGACAUUGUAAACUUUGUUUCUAGUCCUGGUGAACCUCCACAUAUUGCAGAUAAUAGCAGUGCUGAGUCUUCCAUGAAAAGGGUCACCAGGAAAAGAAAGUCCACUCACAGUGAGGGGGACUCUCGGGAUGCUGAAAGUGACCUGUCCUCAAGUGAAACUACUCCUGUAAAACAAGCCUGCAAUGUUCAGCCAACUAACAAGCCUACUGUAAAAUCCAGCCCAGCUGCCAACUCUAAAAUGGACACUUAUGUAAGUAAGCCUUUCAGGGAAGUGAGUUCUUUGAGGACAUAUUCGAAAUCUAGCAACUUUGGUAAUGGGGAUUUUCAUAACAAAGUUACAAAAAUCACCACUCACAAUUCUGGAGAGGAGAAGGACUCUGUUCGACAACCUAGACCUCAUAGGACUUCAUUGUCUGAUGGUGAAACAAACUCUUUAAAGGAAGUGAAACAUUUACCUUCCAUUGACAAUAAAGAUACAGCCAUUAAAGAUAUAUCUAAAGACAGUAUGUUUGACAGUGGUGAUAAGUUUGAUGGAUCGGUGGAUGACAGCAGUGAGCUGAAGGAUAGCUUGCACAAAGAAAACAAGUCUACUGAUAUUGAGGACCAGAAAGAAGCUCGUAAUCAGCGAAUUUCCUCUCUAGAUGAGAAAGCUAAAUCAGGUAACAAAGAUCUCAUUGACAAACAAGCAGUCCAAGGGGGCGAUGAAGGCCAUAGAAAAAAUCAUCGCAUUAAAAGACAGUUUUAUGCCUAUGUUCCUGAGAAGUCUAUAGACCAGACCUAUUUUGACACUCCUAUUUUGAGUGGACGCACCCGAAGUAAAAAUAAACCAGCUGAACAGAAUGCUGAACCUGGGUCACAAGAUGGCACUACUACUAAUGACUCCAAUCACCUUGAGUCCACUCAGCUAGCACCAUCGGGUAAAGGUGAUGUUGGCCUAGAAGGGGGUAGUGCUAAACGUCCCACACGCUCAGUUAGAGCAAAAGAUAAUCCACAAGAUCAAAGUGCAAACAAACGGCGCAAAGUUCAACAGCACAGAUAGCACACUGACUUAAGAGCCAUAACUGAACUACAUGACAACACCAAAUUGUAGGAUAUUCUCUAUAUUCUGAAGCAAUAAGCACCCAGGGCACAGUCAAGAAAGGCUCCAUUUCUCAAACCAGUUAAAACAUGUGCAUUAAGCUAUCUAAUCUCACAAUAAUUGAGUAGACUCAGUGGGUUCUAAAUUUUAAUUUUAUUGGAUACAUCCCCACAUGAAAAAGUAAACAAUGAAAAUAUUAUUGGAUUAACAAAAAUAAGUUUUAAUUUCAACUUUUCAGGGUUUUAAUGGAAAUUUGUUUCUUCUUAAUGACUUUUUGUGUGUGCGUUUAGUGAUUACAUAAAUAAUGAUCCUUGCUCUACAUUUCACAGAAAAGUUUGUAAGCCGAAUGAGCCCACCUUUUACCUAUGUGACUCUCAUAUGUUGGCUUUGAAAGGAAAAUUUUUGUUCUCCGCUUUUUCUGUGCUGAUGUGUUUGAAAUGACCGGCAUGUUAUGCUGUGUGGGUCACCAGUGUACAGUCAUAUGUUGGUGCUUCAUGGACUGAUUUCUGUGAUGUUAGUAUUCAAUAACAUACAUACAUACAGAGUAUGAACUAUUAUAUCCAUUUCUAUAUUUUAUGUAUAUGUAAGAUAAUACAUACAUUUGAAUCUACUGCAGAAGUGUUAACAGUUUUUUUUUUUUUAAAGGGAUUAUUCUGUACAUAUUCUGUAUGGAGUGUUUCCCUUUAUCGCUGGCAGUGAAUAGUCAUUUUCUGAGAGAUUUCGUUACCUAGAUGUGGACUUGUAAAUGAAGUUUAUCUUUCUAAAAAGAUGUAGACUCACAUUGGUAAUUAAUCCAGUGAGCUUGAUAAUGAGGUAGCAGUUCUUGUUUACUAGUGGGAGAACUAUGUAUUUUCCUGACAGUCUGUAUAUGUCAUUACUUAACAAGAUGGAAAGUCACUCCUAAUUUUGUAGUGGCAUACUAAAAUAGCUUCUAGGAUCAACACAGCCAUCUGGAUUGGAACUGCUAAUUGUUAUAUUAUAGCUGUUGGACAGUUUUUUUUUUUAAAUCUAUGUUUUUUUUUUUUUUUUUUUGUUUGUUUUGUUUAUUUAAGUGCACAUACAAGAAAUUUCUAUUUUCAUACAAUUGGUGUACAUAAUUGUUCAUUAUUUACGUACAUAGUAAUGUUUAUUUAACAGGUUUGGUUUUUAUAAUAUAUAUAUAUAUAUACUCUACAUUUGUGCAUUCAAAUGUUUAUUGUAUACACAUUUAUGACAUGGAUGAAAAUAGAAACAGUUUUGUUUUUCUCUAAUGUCAUGUGAUUUGUGAUAGUUCAUCUUCCUUUCACUUUGUUUUAAAAGAAAAAAAACAACAAAAAAAAACAAAACAAAAACACUUUAUUUGCCAAAUUGUGUAUUUAGCAUAAUGAAAUGAAAUUGUUGACUAGAUUUGUUGUGUGUGUGUGUGUGUGUAUUUAGUGUGAGGCUGUAUGAGUUCCAGAUGUUUUAGGCUUAUAUUGACCUACUUGGGGGUGUCUUGAUUGUAAAUAGAUUUUAUGUUUCAUUCUCCCUUCUAUUGAACAUGCUACCUUUCCAGCUGUCAGUGAGUCAACUGGGUGCAUAGUUUUGUGUGUAUAUAUAUAUAUAUACAUAGAAUUAUAUACAUACAGAAUUCAAUACAUAUAUGUCUAUAGUUAGUUGAUUCUGUAAUGUGUACAUGAAGUGCCUGGUUGUCAGAUUAAUACAUAUGGCUCUUUUUUUUUUUUUUUUAAAUGGUAGUACUGGUAUUUUUUCUAUAAAGGGUUAGUUUAUAGUUUUUAAAAAAUUUUUGAGGGUGGUAAUUUGUGUAGAUGUUCUAUGCAAUGAGAAAAAGAUUGUCAAACAAACAAAAAAUGUAUUCAAUGAUGGCUAUUGCUUGAAUUUGGUCUACCUAUUAAAUUUCAAUAGUACACAAUUAUUAGUUUCAACGUUGAGACAUAGGUUUAUUCAGACCUUUUUUUUCCCUCGCAGAGCCGAUUCAUCAUCAUUAUUGUUUCUCUUACCGCUGUUAUUUAAAUUGUUUCCAGAUUAUUUGUAUUCUUCUGGUUUCUCCUGUACAUGUUCAGAAACAUUUUAGUUGAAUUCAUUUCAUCCAUUGCAUUUCAUUUUUAUUCCAAAAUGAUUGUGCCCCUCAAACCCCCCCCCCCCUCCCUUUUUUUUUUUUCCCAAUCAUUUAAAAAAAAACCUAGAUAUAAUGUUAGCUGAUGUUCUGUUAAGGCAUGUUGAUGUUACAAACUUUGAAUUGGCUUUAUGAAUGGUUUUUAUUCAAUGUCAUGCCUAGUUGUUGGUCUGCUGGCUGCUGAAGUCCUGGGGCUAACACUGUAGCAUACUGUAUAUACAUCAUUUCAUUUUCAGCUACUUUCAUUUUUCACAAUGUGCACAUCUUUAGAAAUAACAAAACUCAAAUAUGA